AAACUCAUUACUUUAAAUUUGAGCUUGAGUUCUUACAUAAACUGUUCAUCGUCUCCUUCAUUUCUGUGCCACAUUUGUUCCCGUUUGUUCAGCAGCCAAAUCCUUCCAAGUUCUUGAUGAGCUCCACAAAAGUAAAGAAAAUCAUGUCGACGCAAAAGAGAGCUUUAGCUUCCACUUCUUCAGGUCAAGCAAGUCUACUCAAGAGGCCACGCAUCGCUCGAAGGAAUCAAACAUGGCGUUGGUCCGGGAGAAAUCUUGUGCCGAGGAGCUGGUUGACAGAGGAAGAUGUCCGGAGAGUGGUCAGGGAAGAGCUGGAGCGUGCUAAAUCUGACUUGGCCAAAUACGGUCGAAGUUGCAUUGGGGAUGCUCUCAAAGAUGUAGUACAACAGGUAUGCUCAACAGAGAAUGCUGUUCAAAAACCGGUCUCCAACUUUGGCAAUUCUGCUGUUGGUUUUAUUUGCCACACAGAAGCAAUGGGGCUUGCAAACAUUCACUCUCCCCACCUUGCAAGGGCUAUUGGUAAAUCUACGGCGAAGAAUGACGCAAGAAACUUACGGCUUCAACUUCGAAACAAACUUUCACUUCCUCUAUUUACUGAAAAGAAACUAGAAGGAGAGGGUGGUGCUCGCAUUUCCGUUGCGUUGAUCAAUGCGGAUACAGGGGAUGUCGUUACGUCAGGGCCAGAAGCCUCCAUCAAGUUGGACGUCGUUGUGCUUGAAGGUGACUUCAACAGAGACGAUGAGGAAAAUUGGGCUCCAGAAGAGUUUGAUAGCUACGUGGUUAAAGAACGAGAAGGAAAGAGGCCGCUUUUGACAGGAAAUCUCCAAGUAAAGCUCAAGGCAGGUGUUGGGGAGCUGGGAGAUAUGAUAUUUACCGACAAUUCCAGCUGGAAUAGGAGCAAAAGAUUCAGGAUAGGGCUCAAAGUGGCAUCGGGUUAUGGCAAGAAUACACGAAUCCGAGAAGCAAAAACAGAUGCCUUCUCUGUCAAGGAAUGUAGGGGACAAGGUAUGUAUAAUUUUUACAGUAUCACAUAAAAUGGUUUUGGACUCCAUACUUUUCAAAAGGUACAAUCAAAUUAUAAAACUUGUUAAAUUGACACAACAC